CACUUACCAGGAAGAGAGAGACACAGAGAAGAUAACCAGAAACCAGUAUCCCCUGCCGGAAUCUUUUGUACAUACACGUAUGCGCGUCGUUAAAUCUCAAGGGAUCCGAUACGUUUGGCCGGAAGAUUAGACAGAAAGAUAGAUAGAUAGAGAGACGAGCGGAGGUCUCCAUCCCUCGUCUUUAAUGCUAUUAUUAAUAUUAUUAUCUCUGAAUUUUAUCGCUUUUAUAAACCUUAUCUCUCCGUUAGUAUCGGUUCUGUUCGUCUUUUGAUUCCCAAAAGAUAUAUACACGUUCUUUCCUCUUUCAUUCUUCUCGUUUCCUUAUUUUUGGAUCGGGAAACUGUUUGAUUUGUGAUAAAGAGGAGGAGGAGAAGAAGAAGAAACAGCAGCUAGGGUUUUUAAUCGUCAAAUUAUUUGUUCGAAUUGUUUAACAAAUUAAGAAGGAUGCCGAUGGAUGAAAGUUUGCUGGACGACAUCAUACGGCGGCUCCUCGACGUGAAGAACGGCCGGACGCCGAAGCAGGUCCAGCUCACGGAGGUGGAAAUCCGUCAGCUUUGCCUCAAUUCUAAGGAGAUCUUCAUCAGCCAGCCUAAUCUCCUCGAGCUUGAAGCUCCUAUAAAGAUCUGCGGAGAUAUUCAUGGUCAAUAUUCUGAUCUUCUCCGACUUUUUGAAUAUGGUGGUUUCCCACCUGAGGCAAACUAUUUGUUCUUGGGGGAUUAUGUCGACCGUGGUAAGCAGAGCAUUGAGACUAUUUGCCUCCUUCUUGCAUACAAGAUCAAAUACCGGGAGAACUUCUUUAUUCUCAGGGGCAACCAUGAAUGUGCCUCCAUCAACCGUAUAUAUGGCUUCUACGAUGAGUGCAAAAGGAGGUUUAAUGUCCGCCUCUGGAAGGUAUUUACCGACUGCUUCAAUUGCCUCCCAGUGGCUGCUCUUAUUGAUGAGAAGAUCCUUUGCAUGCAUGGUGGAUUGUCUCCUGACUUGAAGAGUUUGGAUCAGAUCCGUAAUAUUGCUCGCCCUGUUGAUGUGCCCGAUCAGGGCCUUCUCUGUGAUCUUCUCUGGGCUGAUCCAGAUAAAGAUAUUCAAGGCUGGGGCGAGAAUGACAGAGGUGUCUCUUACACAUUUGGGCCGGACAAGGUUGCUGAAUUCCUUCAGAAACAUGAUCUUGAUUUGAUCUGCCGAGCUCACCAGGUUGUGGAAGAUGGUUAUGAGUUUUUUGCGAAACGACAACUGGUGACAAUUUUCUCAGCUCCAAAUUAUUGUGGGGAGUUUGACAAUGCUGGUGCGAUGAUGAGUGUGGACGAUACUUUGACAUGUUCCUUUCAGAUACUUAAGCCUUCUGACAAGAAAGGGAAAGCAGGAGUUGGCAACAACCCAUUGAGACCGGGAACGCCUCCGCAUAAGGGUGGGAAGGCUUAUAUUGUUUGAUGUUCCUUUUCAGAGUGGGAAGGGUUAACCCACCGGAGAGUGCGAUGCGUGCAUAGGCUUUUUGUACCAUCAUUAGUUGUUUUACACAGGCUACCGUAUCGAGAGCUCACAAAAGGACCACUUAUGGCCUGCAUUUUGAUGCUAGAGGUCAAUAUAUGGAGAUAUUGCAAGGAUGGUUGUGCAAACAAGAGGAAGCAGAAUGAGCUUAAAUGCUUGCAAUUCAUUUUUGUUUUUAAAUAUGUAAAUUUGAUUUAUAAAUCAAAGUCGGUAAUUGUUUAUUGUUGUGGUUAUAAUGCAGCAAUCCUUUCCUGGCAAAAGUCUUCUUUUAU